CCACCCCCACCUCCACCUCCACCCCUACUCAGACCCAGCAUAAGCAACUUGAGUGUGGGCGACUUUUCUUGCAUCUUCACGUCUGCUCAGCUCUUGUCACUUUACAUUCCGAUGUUCGGCUCAUUCACAAAGCUGGUCGUUGUCUCCGCCCUAGCUCUUGCGGCCUCCAUUCAGGCACAGGCGCAGGGACAGGUAUAUUGCGGCGGUCAGGUCACUAGUAACGGAACUCAGGGCACUUUCAAUGUUCAAUAUUUCAACGACAUUACAUAUGUGACAAUGUUCGGACUGAACACAAACCUCAAUGCUUCGGAGUCCUAUGUCCUCUACUGUGGAGACCAGCCUCCUGGGGCCGCUGCCCUGAUGGUCUACAACAUCCCAACCAGUGUCGCCACGUUCAAGGUGCCAUUGCAGACCGUUGCUGUUGGCAGCACCUAUGUCAGCUCAUAUAUUGAGCUCAUUGGCCGUAGGAACGCCAUUACGGUGCUGGCUGACCCAAAAGAUGUCGUAUCACCCUGUCUUCAACAAAUGUAUGCUAAUGGUUCCAUCACCGCGCUGAAUGAUGGCGACCCUAACCAGUACAAUGCACUGAACGGUAGUUUUCGGGAAAACCAACAUACUGCUCAAAAAAAAGAUAUCUGGAUCCCAUCUUCCAAUUCAGUGGACCCCUUGCUGAGGAGCGAGUACAUUACCGCGGUGUCUUUAUUCUUCAACGAUGGACAGAAUGGCGAGCUAGUUUACAGCAGGAUUAAGGCUGCAUACACCACUCUGCAGGCAGAUAUGGCGCGGAUCCCUGCAGCCAACAAGAAGCGCAUUGGCUGGGUGUAUUACGACUUCAGUUUCCAGACCUGGAGACUCCGUAACAAUGAUUUCUCGAAGGGAAUAAUUACAGCUGCCGGUGGGAUCCCAUUCCCAUUGAGUGGAGAUGUCCAGGAUGAUGCCACCAUUUCCGCAGAUGAGAUCAAGACCCUGCUUUUGAACUCCCAAUUUGUCAUCGACGAGACUAAUUUCACUGGACAGGCGGCUGUUACAACCAUCGAUUUGUGGAGGAACCUUGCUGGUUUCCAAAGUGCCGCCGAUCUCCCGGUUUUGAUGAACAAGUUUGUUUACUCUCUCGACAAUACCAUUAGCGUAAGCGGCACAAGUGACGCUAACUACCGUCUUGCGUCGCGUCCUGACCUUCUUUUGAGGGACUUGAUCUCGGUUCAGUACCCGCUCUAUGGCGGCUCUUAUAUGCCCAAGUUUUUGAAUAAGGGCUUCUCCUAUGGCACAGGGCCUGCGUACACGCUUAACGCAACUGCAUGCGGAACGGCAAUCUACAAUAGCGGCGACAUUACGAAUGCUGUUCCCCAGCUCUCGUUCACGGGUGAUGGAAUUGCGCCGCCGGCAUUGGUUGGAAGCGGUAUCUACGGAUCGGCUACGGGUGGAUCAAGCGGCGGCGGCGGCGGAGGGAAUAAGACAGGCAUCAUUGUUGCAGUAGUGUGUGUAGCCGCGGUACUGGGCGCUGGCUUUGCAUUCGCGUUCUUCAAGUGGGGUAAACGCGCCAAGGAAGAUCGCUUUAUCGAGCUCGAGGAAGAGAUGAACAACGAAAUUCCCCUACACUAGACCGGCGUCAAGUUUUUCGUUUUUGCGUGAGCAAUACCCGCGCACGCUUCGUUCAUGUAGAUUAUCAUUAAUUGGUCUUUAUUCAUCUAUCUUCGUAUAUAUUUUCAAUGGCAAUACAGAAAUGAACCGAACACGUCCUUGGUUCAAUUGCCCCAAAAGAGCUACGCCCAAGCCCAGAGGGGGAAAAAAAUAUAUCUCUGUUUGGCAUGGCCGAACGACA